CGAAAGUUGUAAAUUGUAAAGAAAAACAUACAAUUCGAAUAGUUUUAUUGUUUUGAAAAGAUUCUAUGAGGCUACAGUUUUUACGACUUUCGGUGUGCUAGAACCAAUUAAUUAAUUGGGCUACUUUAUAGUAGGAUGGCAGUUAAAAAAUGUUGUAUUGAGAACUGUCAAUCAUGCUCGACAAGAACGGAAGAUAUUGGGGUAACAUAUCACAAAUACCCCAAAGACAAAAGAUUGUGUGACACUUGGAUAGCAAUUACACGAAACAAACAAUUUGAUAUAGCAACACCAUCAUAUGUCUGCUCACGACACUUUCGUAAAAAAGAUUUUCAAAUUUACAAGGAUUGUAAAUAUGUUUUAAAGUCAGAUGCAGUACCAUCCAUAUUUCCAUGGGACAAUAAUACAUCAAACAUGAAUGAAACAACUUCAGAUGCUGAUAAUGCAGAUAGUGCAUCAUCAAGCCAAAAUGACUUUGAAAUGGAAAAUCUGGAUGCUAUUAAGAAAUUUAUAGAAGACCAAGCUAAAGAGAUUGAGGUCCAAAAAAAUGAUGAAAUGGCUGCAGCAUCAGAUAAAAAGAUAGAUAUAGAGGAGAGAGAGAGAUUAAAAGAUGAAUUAACUGAAAGUGAAAUGCAAGAGGAGCCAAUAACAGUGGCCACAAGUGUAAUGGAUCUCAUACUAAGCCAAUCAGAGGUUAGGAUGUUGACUAAAAAGGAAGACAAAGGUUUUGAUAAACACUGCCUUAGUCCAGAAGAUAAGGGUAGUAAUAUGUCUUUGUCAGUUGGUUCUAAAGUUGAGGCAAAGGAUUUUGAAGAAUUUUGGCAUCCAGCAGAAAUUAUUGAAGUAGACUAUGAUGAAAUGGAAGUGUUGGUGCACUAUGAAAAUGCCUCCAAAAAGCAUGAUGAAUGGAUAAGUGUGAACAGUCCUAGACUUAGACCUUUAAGCAGUACUCCUAUACCAACCCCAUCUAAUACUGAGACUACAAAUGUGGAAGUUCCUUUAAUAAAGGAAGAAAUUAAAGAAGAAAAAUCAAAAUUAAAAUUUGUUGUUGGUGAAAGAUGUUUAGCACGAUGGAGGGAUAAUAGAAGAUUUAUUGCUACUGUUAGUAAAGAUUUGGGCAACGGCUCUUAUGAAAUUGUCUUUGAUGAUGGUUUCCACUGGAAGUGUACAACAACAAGGAUGUUUAAACUGAAAGACACAGAAAGAAUUGAUUCCUUAAAUACUGAUACAUCAUCAUCCUCAUCAAAUACCCCAUCUCCCAUUUCCUUUGGGCCAGGUCCUAGUAUGGAGACAACAGGAUCACUACAAACAUCAGUUUUCCAUACCCACCUCUUUGAUCCAACCCGUGAUUAUUUAGGUUCAAAAAGUGAACGUCGUGAAAAGAAACGAAAGUUGAACAUAAAAGAGAUAUUUAAUAUUGGCCAAAAGAAGAGAAAGAAGCAGAAAUCACCAAAGGAAUCAAAUGCUCCCGCACCAAAACUUAUUAAACAGGAAAAACUUAAGGCUGUACAAAAGAAAAUUAAGCUAGAAAAUGAUCUUCCCAAGAAAAAUGAUAUACCAGAUGCUCUGGCAUCUAUUAUUGGUACAGUCACCAAACCAGAGGUUGAUAUUAAACCUAAAAUAGAAAUUGAAUCACCAAAAGUUGAGUUGGAUAGUAAAGAAGAUGUUGCUAUUAAAAUUCCCGAGAAUGUAGAAAAUGUCGAACAAAUGAAUGAGUCAGAAGAUAAGGAAGGAACAGAGGUGACUGAAACUAGGAACAGCCUUGAUCCAGUAUUAGAAGAGGAAACAAAACUUGAAAAUUUUGAAGUAAUAGAUGACAAGGAGCAUGAAGAAGUAAUCGAUAGGAUUAAAGAAGCCAUUAUCAAAUUAGAGGAUGGUAUGAAUAAAACAGAAAAGGUAGAUUCACCUAAACAGGAAAUACCAGAAGAAGACGAAGACGAAAUUAAAGAUGAAAUUCAAGCAAUUCCAGUUGAAUUGACCGAGGAAAAAGUAAUGUUACCUGAACAGUCAGAAGCAAAUGAUAAUGAAAAUAAAGUUAAAACUAAGAAAACAGUGUCACAUUUGAAAAGGAAUAAGAAAUUAAGGUUGUUACAGGCGAAGGCAAAGAAGAAGAUGGAAAAAGUAGAGUGUGAAUUAGCAGAGAUGAAACGGCAAGUCGAAGAGAUGAGGAAACAGAUAGUGAGGAAGCAAGAGAUGCCAGAGAGUUUCAUGUUGCCUGGCGAAUGGUGCUGCAGAUGGGUGAAUGGACAACCAGUGGGCUCCGUCAGUGAAAUAGAAAGUGAAAUCAAAGUAGAUCCAAACAACAAACCACAUUUACCAAGACGAAGUGUUCAGGUGGAAGAUAAGCGUUUGCCUGCGGGAUGGACGAAGCAUAUGGUAAGACGAAGUUUCGGCAAUUCAGCCGGGAAGUGGGACGUUGUUCUGGUUAGUCCUGAAAAUCGUCGUUUUCAUACUAAAACUGAUAUGCGAACGUAUAUCGAGAAAGAAGCUACGGAAGAUCUUAGACCUUACGAGCACGCGUUAAUGGAUUUCGGUAUCCAUUUGAAGCUAGCCAGGCGUAUGGGUUGGGUCGUCCACACUGGUACUGAGGAUCCGGUUACACCUGUACCAGCCGGUAUGAUUAGUAGCUCAUCCCCACUUGUCAAGAGAAAGAAACUUAGUCUCAACAGAGUUAAGGGCAUCGUCAAAUCCAAAGAAAAGAAAAGGAAGUGGAGCGGAGACGCGAAGAUACGUCGUAUGCAUAAACAUGCUAAUGCUUGUUUACCUGGAACAAGUAAUGAUAUUUUCGAUUCUACUAGUUAUGAUGAAACACCUCAUGAAAAUGCAACAUUAGAAGAUGGAUACGUUUUUGUUGGAUCUUUAAAAGUACAAGUAAUCGAAAAUUUAUUGCGCUGUCCAGCUGACGAUUGUUUUAAGAACUUUAGGAAUAAUACACUAUUGAAAAUGCACAUCAAACAUUAUCACCGAGAACUAAGGAAAUUACUCGGUUCUACGCCUAAAGUUCUAGACUUAGCUUACGCUAGAACAAGACCAACGAAAUUACUGAUGACUAAAUUGAAAAGUAAAAGAGAAAACAAAGUGAUUAAAGUGAAAUUACCAAAACCUAUGAAACGUGUUGAAAACAAAAUAGAUAUAAAAGAACUGGAUGCUGAAUUAAAAGUGGAUAUACCGAUAUCACCACCAGAUUUGGGAAGUCUACCAAAGACACAAGAUUCACCAAAACUGCGUAACGCUCUCGUGAACAAACCAGUUAAAAGACCAAAAGUCUUACUUCCAGUUAGAAGACUAGAUUCAGACACGAAUGAAAACUUUGGAGAACUAGGAUUGGAAGCGAGAGGCAGUACGCCAGUUAGUGUUCCGGAUGUAUUGGAUGUUGAAAAGUCUAUAUCGACUCAUACAGUGACAAAACCAAUAGAUUUGAAAAAGAAAGAUAAGAAGCGAAGAGAAUUCGCCAUUUUUCCCAAUAAUCAAAGCGAGGACGAUGAUUGGUUAUCAAUGAACUCUGAUUUAGAAACGAGAUCCAGUUUCCCGGGAUCCGGUACUCCGGACUCGAAGACGAUGGAAAACAAAACGUCCAUCAAUGCUGCCCCGUCCUCGGAGUCCAAUGAAGAUCAGAAGGAACCAAUGUAUACGUACACGGAGACGGGCGAGCGUAUAAAGAUAGUGCAGAUGAGGCGCGAGGAGAUAAUAAACUGUCAUUGCGGGUACCGCGAGGAGGACGGGCUAAUGGUGCAGUGCGAGCUGUGCCUGUGCUGGCAGCAUGCGUUAUGCCACAACAUACAAAGAGAGUCCGAGGUUCCAGAGAAGUACACGUGCAGCAUCUGCCUGAAUCCGAAGCGUGGGCGGCGGUCGAAGCGCUUCGUGCACGAUCAGGACCGGAUGUACGAGGGCGUGCUGGCGGGAGGCGCGCGCCCCGCGGAGCCGCUGCGGCGCGCUCACGAGCUCGCUGGCAACCUACUGCGAGUGCAGGAUGCCCUGCACGCGCUCAGGGUGAAGUACUGUGUAGCCACGAAGAAAGACCAUCCAAAGUUGUACUUAUGGGCGAAAGACUGGGAGAACACAGAGUUGAAUAUGACACAGGAGAAAUUGAACUCCGACUAUUCCGAUCUGAAUAUCAUGAUCCAUAACAUUGGGAAAGAGAACUUGCCGAUAAAGACGGAUGACGUCAGAGAUAUGGCAAUGGAUGUGACGUCAGAGGAGGGCGAGAGGUUCACUCAGAGGGAUAUACCUCUCGGCCCUCAGACUCUGCUCAGUGGAUUACUUUCCAGUCCUGGUGGCACGUCCUUGGAACUGCCCAUUAGUACUUCAGAGCUGGAGAGAUUGGCUAAAUGUGUUCAAGAACAAGGUCCCGCGGUCCGCGCGCCGCAGCCCGAGGCAGCCAUAGAGAAUGGCGCGUGUCGCGAGCGUCUGCUGCGACACAUCCAGCGCUGUCAGGCUCUACUGGACUCACGACUGGACUCCAUUGAAGCGCAGGUCGCGGAGUUGGAAUCCCAAGACCCGUUGUUUGAGGAUGAUGAAACUGCGGAAUUCUUUCCGCGCACAAAGCAGACUAUUCAGAUGCUGCUGCGAGAUCUCGACACUAUGGAGGAAUUGGGAGUCAUCACAUGAACCUAUUAUUACCACAUUCAGUGCUACUGACCGGCCUAGGGAGUUCUCUGAAGAGGCGACAUCAUAGAAAUCCUGAAUAACUAGCAGGAAAAGUUGUAGAGAGGAAAUCUUUGGAAAUAAUAAAACAUCUAUUAAAAGUGAGUAUAUUUUAGGUUUUUACAUCAUAAGAAAUUUGAUAAUAAGAGUGUAACAAUAUUUUAAAUAUUGUGAUGAAAGUGUGUGAUUUCUGUACAAAACAUCUUUUGUAAUUUAAACCCAACAAAGUUGACGUUUUAAGAUUCGUACGGAAAAUAGUAUCUUCAUAUUUUAGUUGGAUUAGUAAUAUUUUUUGUUUAUAACUGAAGCUUAAAACUGUAAA